UUACGUCACAAGUUUCUUUUUUUCUCGCAGUAAAUUAAAGCAGUAGUAGCAUCAUCAGCACUGACCUUGUGACGAAAUUACACGAAAUUAUUUAUUUAUUUAUCCCUUUUUUUCUCUUUUUCUUCUUCUUUUCUCUCUCCUCCCCCAUUCUCACUUGAAUAACGCCCAUUCACCAUGAGCUCACAUGAACCAAAUGAAACAGACAUCGAUAUCCAAGAUAGAAUGGGUUACGUUGAUACAGGACCUAGUCAAAGAAACAAUGGUAACAACAUCAGUAACAAUAACAGCAACAGCAAUAAUAAUGGUCAUCAUAAGGUAGCCACCUCCUCUUCGGCACAUCUAGUCAUCAAAGAGCCAAAACCACAAAGGCAGGUAAACCUUCCCACAGCAACAUCCAGCACGGAAAAGAAACGAGCAACCUUCAAACCCGAGAUUCAAACAAGAAGGUCGAAUUCCAUCGAUCUUUUAACCGUACCAACCAGUCAAAAUGUACCCACAUUCAACUUGCCCAGUACACCCAACUACUAUCAAGACAGUAGACCUCCACCAGCACCACCUGCCAUGAGAGUGAAUUAUCAGGAAGAACAUAUAGACCGUCCUAAUCGAGAGGAAAUUAAAGAUAUGAUGGUAUCUAAACUUUAUGAAUUAGCAGACAUGUUGAAAUCAUUAAACAUUGAAGAUGAAGUCAAUUACCGACCUAGACCCACUCCGUCUAAAUCCGAUCCAUCACAACAGGACCGACGCUAUCCUAAGGUGAAAAUGGGGAACUCUCCCGACGAACAACCUACAAGGAGGAGUCCUUAUCAGCCAAGAAGGGAUUAUUAUUCAUAUUAUGAUGGUCCAGCAGCGUACGAUUAUCCUCAGGAAGACUAUUAUUAUGCUCCCCCACCUCUUCCUCCUGUGGUGCCACAACAAAGGCAGGGUUAUAGACCUCGUAGAAAAUCAUAUGGAAAUUUACGUGAGGAAGAAAACAUCAAUCGAUUAACAAGAAAUAAUUCUAGAGGUAACAUGAGACAGAGAAUGUACGAUGCACGCUAUGAAGCGUAUCAAGAUGUACCACCCCCACCACAACCACAACCACAGCCUACGAAUCGUCAUUAUUAUCAACCCCGUCAUUAUUCGCCAGACAAUUAUUAUUGAUCCUUUUUCUUUUUCUUUUUAUUAUU